UGUAGCACGUGGGCGGGGUUUCCGCUCCCACCGGAAGUCAGUCGAGCGAAAUCCAUCUGUUUAGCUCCAAGAGUAAUGGAACAAAUACAGUGAUUCGUUUACCCGGUCGCGUUUGAAAGCCAUGGCUCAGACUGAGAAGAAAGCAGGUCUUCUGAGGAGAACCUCCUCUUCGAAGAAGCCUCUGAAGGAGAAGGUGGUGCUGAUGUAUGAUGAGAUCUUCGCGAAAGAGGACCCUACUAAGAACAAUCCUCGCUUCUGGGACGAGCUGUUUCUGAUGAAGGUCAAUCUGGAGUAUCUGGAAGGGAAGUUGGAGUCUCUGGACGGAGAUGAAGUCAUGAAAAUCAAAGACAACAUCAACAGUUUGUUCCACCACUGCGUUCAAGCUCUGGGUGAAGAGCACCAGAUCAAAGUAGUCAAUGCGCUUCAGACUCUUGGCGCGCUCUUCAGAGGAGUUCACCAGAAGAACAAAUCCUCCACGGGCUUUGACAUCAUCAACAUGCUGAUGGGCUUCGACAAAGCUGAGCUGCGGAUGAAGGAGCUCAUGGAGAGCCUGGACAGCCUGCUGUGCGGUGAUGGAUCAGAGAGCCUGAAGAGCUUGUGUCUAAAGCUACUGCUGUGUCUGGUCACUGUGACCGAUAAUAUUAGUCAGAACACUAUACUGGAGUAUGUGAUGAUCAACAGUAUAUUUGAGGCCAUUCUACAGAUCCUGUCUGAUGUUUCCAGUCGAGCGCAGCACGGAUACGAUGCCGUGGUACUUUUAGCUCUGCUGGUCAACUACAGGAAGUAUGAGUCCGUGAAUCCUUACAUUGUGAAACUCUCAAUAGUGGACGACGAGCCGACCCUGGACGGCAUGGGAAUGGUCAUCCACCACGCACUUGCAGAGUACAAUAGACAGUAUAAAGACAAAGAAGAAGAAAACCAAGGAGGCUUUUUCUCCACCCUUACCAGCAUGGUGGGCAGUAUGUUCAUCGCUGAUGCAGACGAGAAGCUGUCAGUACAGACUAAUGAGGCCAUCUUGCUCGCUCUCUACGAGGCAGUACAUCUCAACAGAAACUUCAUCACGGUUCUCGCACAGAGCCACCCGGAGAUCGACAUUGCAACAACCCCGGCUACGCCCGUCCCCGCCUCCCCCACGACCCCGCUGGGCACCACACCGCCCUCUCUGGACAUGAUGAAUAAUCCUGAGCUUCCUCUGGACCCAAACUUGCAGACGAGUAAUCUUCUUAUAACCUUCCUCAAAUAUUCCUCCAUCGUAAUGCAGGACACCAAAGAUGAACACAGACUCAACAGUGCCAGGCUGUGCCUCAUCAUCCUGACCUGCAUAGCCGAGGUAAUGCAUUGUGGCACGCCACGCUUUCUCCAUGAUGAUAACAUGAACUUCAGGGUCAACUUGCACAGAAUGCCCAUGAGGCAUCGAAAGAAAGCCGCGGAUAAAAACAUCCCCUCUCGGCCUUUAGUUUGUGCGGUUCUGGAUCUGAUGGUGGAGUUCAUUGUUACUCAUAUGAUGAAGGAGUUUCCUAUGGAUCUCUAUGUGCGCUGCAUUCAGAUAAUUCACAAACUGAUCUGCUACCAGAAGAAGUGCAGAAUUAGGAUGCACUACACAUGGAGAGACCUCUGGUCAGGUAGAGUCAUUACUGUGUGUAAGUUCCUGCUGUCUAAUGAGACCGGCCUUCUGGCGAAGCACAAUAUCUUCCAGCUGGUUCUUCAGGUGGUGAACCUCUUUAACAUGUUCAUCACGUACGGAGACACGUUUCUUCCCACUCCCAGCAGCUACGACGAGCUCUAUUACGAGAUUAUACGCAUGCAUCAGGUGUUUGAUAACCUCUACUGCAUGGUGCUGCGAGUUUCUCACCAACGCUGGGCCAGUGGAAGGAGCCAGCUAGUAAAGUAA